AUGCAGGACAGAUUGUCAGCAAGAGAAAGCGGGGCCCGGGUCGCGGGAAUGUCCCCUGGGCGACGCCGAGGACUUUCUGCGACGUCUGGAGGACAAGAAUCCCCUCCAAGAGCGCCUGCCGCCGCCUCCUCCUCCUCCACCUCCUUGCUCGGCGCCCACGCCCUCGUCCCCCGCGGAGGGCGUCGGGAGGGUGUUCGCGGCCGCCGCGCCCCACCCGUCGGCCCGGCCCUUCCUGGCCCCGCACGUGUACCCCGGCAGCGGCGCCGCGAACCACGGGGCGAGCUCGAACCCCGUGGGGAGCGCUGGCGCGCCGAGACACGUCCCGACGCCGCCGCCGCCGCGUCGUCGUCGUCGUCCUUCCUCUGCCGGCUCUGCUCGUACACCGCGAGGGACGUGGUGGACCUCCUGGCGCACAACCAGCAGCACAAGGGCGGAAGGCCAUCGAGAUCCACGUCAUCAACCACUCGGCCGGCGACGAGGGCCCCGAACGCCUCUACUGGUGCUCCUUCUGCACCCUCAAGUGCCGCUCGGCGCCCGGCCUCUCGUCGCACCUCAAGCGCCACGCCUACCAGGGCGACUUCUAGGCGCUCGUCCUCGGAAGGCCAGCGCCCCGCGAGACCCACUGGGGACAUUUCCCUUCUCUUGCCAACGCCAGCAACGGCCCUCCUCUGCCCACCCAGUGAUUUCAGCAGGAACCAGGAACCGCGCGCGCUCGCCGCCUUCGGCGCUCCGUCCCGCCAGGCCAACGCGUCGGGGACCGACGGGCUCCCGAGCAGAACCGCCUUCGCCCAGCUGCCGGGGAGCUCCCGACCGGCAGCCGGCCACGGGUAUUCGAGCGCGAGAGCCAAUGCUGGAGACUUGGACUCUCUCUUGGUCAACUUCGGCGGCGGCGCGCAGGGGGGCGCCUUCGAGGGCCCCGCCGCCGCCGCGCCCUCCUCGUCCUCUUCGGCCUCCUUCGCCGCCGCGGGCGCGCCCCAGGCCCAGUGCGUGUGCCCCUGGUGCCAGCGGGUGUUCUCGAAGAGCAGCAACCUCAAGCGGCACAUGCUGACCCACACGGGCGAGAAGCCGCACGCGUGCCCGCUGUGCCCGUACCGCGCCGUCCAGAAGGUCCAGGUGAUCCAGCACAUCCGGAGCAAGCACAGCAUGGACAAGGACCUGUCGAGCUCCCUCCUGGAAAAGCCAGCGGACAACUGAUGGCCUUGACGUCCUUGGAGCAGGACCACGAGAAGAAAGAAGGGAAGCGCGGCGAAAAGAGAGUAGUUGGCGUUGCCUUGCGUGUGGUCGAAAAAAGAAUCAGUUCAUGUAUGAACAGUUACAGAAAUUGGCGGAAAAGGGAGAUCGUUAGGUUGGGCAUGCGUGUGGCCGUGAAGAGAGAGAGAAAAGUCGCUGAACGGAAAAAAAAAACAAAAGAAAAGAAAAGAAAGAAAGAAAAGAACAAAACAGACCAAAACAGAACAGAACAGAGAUCAGUAAUAUUUUUUCAUCAACACAAACUUGGGAACUCGAAAUCGGGGGCCGGAUCCACUGCCAUUCGCUCGGGAGGGAACUGCCGGGCUCCUUCGGCCAAUGACGGGGCGGGAUAACAGAACUUCUACGCACACGCACACGCACACGCACACGCACACAUAUAUUCACAUCCACAUCCAUAUCCAUCCAUCCAUCAGUCCACCCCACCCCCCCACACAUAUAUACAUACAUAUAUAUUUUUAGGUAGAUGUUUGUGUGUGUGUGUAAUAUGUAUUUAUGUAAACACACACACACACACACCUGUAUUUAUAUAUAUAUGCUCACAGACAAACAGACAGAGACAGACAGAUGUAUAAUGUGAUUGAUGUGAUACAGAAUACGUGUACUACAAUUUGUUGGGAAAAUAUUUUACUAAAAGCUUUUAUACAUGAGAUCUGUUUAGUUAAUAGUAUUAUUGUUUCAUGAAAUAUAUCAAUUUAUUUAUUUUCUACUCAAUGUUGAUGUUACAAUCUGUCUGUUCUCAUUCUAACCACGACAAAGCAACAAACCAGAAAUUCACCUCCUCGAGGAAAUUGGCCAAUAGGAACGUAGAUAAAAGAGUUAUUUCCAAAGAGUUAAGAAUAUUAAGAUAAUUAAAGAACGAUUUUAAGAGAGUAAAGUGUUCGUCACGAAUGGUUAGUGGAUCGGGCCUCUUAAGGAGCAUCGUCAGAUACGGUAGAAACACGCGAAAUAUAUAGUAGAUCUCUAGUGCAAUAACUGUUUAUUUUAUGAAUGGUUGAGAAAAAAAAAUAAUAAAGAUUUUUUUUAUGCGAAAAUCAAGGCAGCGAUUUAGUUAUUUAAGAAGUUUGGAACAUCUCAAAGUUUAAAGAAAAAAAUAAAACUUUUGUAAUGCAAACCAGGGUUACUGCCAAUGCUGCCAUCACAUGUGCAUUACUUUUGUGUUAAAAGACAUACGUGAGAAUACGAUAGUUAACAAAUAA